GCUGUCGAAGUUUCAGUCCGAAGUCCCAUUGCCUGCUGGUUUAGUGCUAUGCUUCAUUGUUUUGGUGGAUCAGUUUUGUCUUCACUGAUGCUUGCAGAACCUCCAGUAGCGUUUCUGGCAAAGGGCACGAAUAUUCUACUGGCAUCUUCGGUCUGGUAUUUUGUGUUUUACUGCCCACAAGAUGUAUUCUACCGAUGCUUUGCCUUUCUGCCCAUUCGCCUUCUGGUUGCAGGAAUGAAAGAAGUGACUAGGACUUGGAAGAUAACAGCUGGCGUUGCACAUGCAGACAGUCACUUCAAAGAUGCCUGGUUUGUCAUGGUAGCUGUAGGCUGGGCCAGAGGAGCUGGUGGUGGCCUAAUUUCCAACUUUGAGCAGCUAGUGAGAGGAGUGUGGAAACCUGAAACCAAUGAACUACUGAAGAUGUCCUACCCUGUGAAGGUAACUUUAGUAGGAGCAAUUCUUUUCACCCUGCAACACAGCCAAUAUUUGCCAAUAGCAAGACACAACCUCAUGUUUUUGUACACCGUCUUUCUUGUUGUCUCCAAGGUAACCAUGACGUUGACAAGAUCUGCAACUUCUCCACUUGCUCCAUUUGAGGCUGCAUUAGGCCAUAUAUUCUUUGGCUUGCAAAAGACACCAUCCAAAGCAAAGGGUGAAGGUGCUGCAUCUCCCAAUGGCUCUUCAGUCUGUGACCGGUCAUCUUCUGAGCAGCACCGUGACAGUGUUAAGAAAAGACAGGCAAAGAAAACAGAAUAA